CGGAAACACCUCAUGAAUAACAAACAGAGGAUAUACUCGCUUUGUCACCGAUUCAGGCAAUUGAAACCCUAAAAUGGCUAUCGUCGCCGGAAAUAUCGUCUCUAAAAUCUUAUUUCGUCGCCUAAUCUCUGUCUCAGAUGUCCCUUUGUCAAAUAAGAGAAAUGCUACGUUGAUUUUAUGCUUGAAAAACAAUAGAGAUUAUUCAGCUUCAUCAUCAGCAGUUCCAGUUAAAUACAUUCCUAAGGAAUCUUCUAAUUUUUCUUCUAAAGUGGAUGACAGUAAUAAUGAUAAUGAUUAUACUAUUAGUGAUCAACUUAACAAAUUUAAUCAUUCACUCCCUACAUUGAAGGAUUUUUCAAAGAAAAAUAGAGCUUAUUCUUAUGAUAAAUGUUCCGACAGUUCGGUUUCGGAAAAUGAGAAGGCUCGCAUUCGAAACAGAAUGUACGACAAGGAGUGUUUACAAUCUCACAAUGCGAAACAGCAAGCAUUUUCAGGGUUAGAAGAAAUUAACAUUGAUAUGGAGCUGGUACAACACAAAUUUGUGGAAAAAACAAAGAAGUUCAAUGAGACACAUCAACGUGAAACGGACAUUUUUAUAGAGAAUGUACAAGCAGGUAGAACUAUGCUAGAUGCCCAGAAAAAGGCUAUAGAGCUUCUUGCUACAAGAGCAUUUACAGCUGUUGAGCUGAGGAAGAAACUAUAUGGAAAGAAGUUUCCUCUUGAUAUCGUGGACGCUGUGAUAACUGAUUAUCAGAGAAGGGGGUUGAUUAAUGAUGGCUUGUUUGCAGAAACAUUUUCUCAAUCUAAAUGGUCUUCUUUGAGCUGGGGACCCAGGCGGAUUAAACAAGAAUUGUCCAGGAAAGGAGUGAGUGAAUCAGAUGCUGAGAAGGCAAUUAAACUGGUUUUUGAGGAUGAUGACUCUGGAGGUCAAGAAUCAAAACAUGGCAUGUCAAAGCUUUCUAUGGAACGUCUAGUGUCUCAAGCUUCAAAGCAAUGGUCACGAGGUAAUGAUGUUCCUAAAGAGACGCGCAAAGCCAGAAUUAUUAGGUGGCUUCAGUACCGUGGUUUCAACUGGGAUGUCAUUAGCUUCAUAGUGAAGAAGUUAGAAUCUCAAUAUUCUUCAUAGAGCAUAAUUAAGGAUCUGGUUUGAUGCGACCUAUGCUAGUACGGAAAUUUCACAAGUCUGGGAACUUCGAAACUCAAUAUUCAUAACCUAUUUUUGUGGAAGAGAAAAAUAUGGUCUCACCGUUUUCUGUUUCCGUGCUACGUAAGAUGUACACAAGGAAUGUGGGCCAAUAAUGUUAUUGGGUUAAGAAGUUGGUAAUGUGGAUUAGUUGCUGUCUUCAUUAGCACUGAGCUGCUGUGGCCCAAAAUUUGUCCACUUUACUCGAUACUGAAUUGAAUUUCAUCUAGCAUCAGCAUGCCCUAGUGCCAUCUAAUCAAAGCAACAAAAGUCCAUUCUAAUGAGGGAACACCUUGAAGACAAAGCAGGUUAGUGGUACAGCUAGAUGUGGUUGAUCACCAUUGUUGUUACCGAGUAUUGAAGCAUUCAUGCACCCAGUUAGUGCAAAUAAUUCCACCAGAUCUUUCUGUUGGUGUAAGUGUCAACUCUUUGAUUUCUAUUUGAGACAAGUCAUUCAUCCACUUAAUCUGCAGAUAUUUCUGGUAGCUCCUUGCUGUUGCUUUGAUGCAUACAGGUUUUGUAUGUCAAUUAUACUUGAUGAUAUCUAGUAACACCAAUGUAGCCGGAAAUGUAGGGGUGUGCAGAAAUUCCGUUAAACUGAAUUAACUGAUCUGUUUCAGUUUAUUCGGUUAAAGGUUCUUCGGUCAAUUUGACUAAUUCGAUCGGUUUGGUUCAGUUAAUGAAAGAUUUGGUUCGGUUCUGGUUAAGCAUUUUAAAA